UACUGGCCCGCCCUUUCCUCCAGAAUAAUUCGACCCAUCCCAUCAAUUUCAUCCCCAAGCCAAAAAAUCAACCCGCCCCGGGCCACCCACCCGUUUUCACAGACACAUAAUCUGAAACUGCUGAACAACAAAGAAAGAAAACACACACACACACACACACAGUAGUUUUGCAGCAGCAUUCUCUCUGUUAAAUGAAUCAGACUCUUUCUUCUCCCUUGUAAUCUGUCAUAUCGGCUUGAACCCAAAAAAAAAGAGUGCAUAUAAUCUGAACAUCGCCGGCCAGCUCACCCACGCCGCCACUGUAAGCUCUGACCUCAAAAAGCACACCCAACUCCCCCAACCACUAUUAAAUUAGUCUGUUCCCACUACAAAACAAAGCCAAAAACAAAAAAGAAUAUUUUGAUAACCCCCUCCUUGCCCAGCUUUUGUUCAGUCCCUUCACGCAGGGCUCUUCAGAUACAAACAAAGUGCGUAAUAUGCGUCUUUUUGUUACUUAUACUGCUAAUUGGAGUGAAUUACUCUCUUUUUCCGGGUGAUUAGAAUAAUCCUUGUUGCAUGACGGAUGCUCUGUGUAACGGCUGCUUUAAGAGGACAACGACCGACGACGACGUCAUUGACGGUGCCUGUUUUGACUUGUUAAUUCUGGGGGAAAGGGGAAUUUUGAAAAUGUUGAGGUGAUAUUCUCGGUAGGGAAACGGAAGGAAAAGAUGGCAGGAGAGUUACCGGCGGAUACUGUGGCCAGGACUUUCCGAUCGCUGGUGGAGAAAGCCGAGAAGAAGUUCGCGCGUGUGAGGGACGCGCCGUCGUACGCACGUGCGCCGUACGCUCAUUACUUCCACAGCGUGUUCAAGUCGUACAUGACGCUUUGGAAAUACCAGCAGGAGAACCGGGCGAAGCUGACGAGUUCGGGGCUGAAGAGGUGGGAGAUCGGGGAGAUCGCUUCCAGGAUCGGGCAGCUGUAUUUCAGCCAGUACAUGAGAACCAGUGAGGCCAGGUAUUUGAUUGAGGCGUACGUGUUUUACGAGGCGAUUUUGCAUCGGAAAUACUUCGAUGAAGGCUCCAAGAAGGACAAAGGAGUUCGGUUUAAGGAGCUGAGGUUUUACGCCAGGUUUCUGCUGGUUUCUUUGAUUCUGAACCGGUCGGAGAUGGUUAAAUUGCUCGUUGAUAAGUUUAAAGCUCUUGUUGAUGACAGUAAAUCUACCUUUCCGGAUAGUACCAAUUUCAAGGAAUGGAAGCUCGUGUUGCAAGAGAUCCUUCGUUUUACCAAAGCUGAUUCGGCCUUCUUGAUUGUCCGACCUUUGCGACUCUGUGCAAUAUUUGAUUCAUUUCCAUCCUCUCUUCCGUAUGUUGCCCGUUUCCAUGCCAAGAAAGUUCUGAAAUUUCGAGAUGCUCUACUUGCAAGUUAUCACAAAAAUGAGGUCAAAUUUGCAGAACUAACUUUGGACACUUUUAGAAUGCUUCAAUGUUUGGAAUGGGAACCCAGUGGAUCAUUCUAUCAAAAGAGUGAAUUGGUGGAAUCACGAGAGAAUGGUGCUAUGGCUGAUCAUUCUGCUGCGUCUGGACUCAUUGAUAUAAACUUGGCAGCUGAUUUUACAGAUCCAUCAUUGCCACCAAAUCCUAGGAAAUAUGUUCUCCAUCGUCCUUCAGCCACGCAGUUACUAGCUGUUAUUGCUACUAUCUGUGAAGAGCUACCUAUGGACAGCGUGAUGCUACUGUAUCUGUCAGCAAAUGCACAAGGUAGUUUUUCGCCAGUCGCAAACACCGUAAAUGCCAGGAGAUCUUCAAAGACUAGUCACAGUUACCAUGAAAACAAUAACCAUUCGCGUGACAACCAUGUAAAUGGCACUAGUGACUCAAGUGAUCUUUUUGCAAAUGGUUUGUGGCUGGGUCCUGGUAGAGAUGGAGGACCAAAUACCAUAUAUCCUGGUGAUCUAAUUCCUUUUACCAGACGACCUGUUUUCUUGAUUGUAGAUAGUGACAACAGCUAUGCAUUCAAGGGUUUACAUGGGGCAGAAAGAGGUGAAAUGGCUGCUUUACUUCUUUCUCCAUUGAGGCCAUCAUUUAAGAAUCCAACUGAAGCUGAUUUUUCACACAGUGGAAGCCAGUUUACCUUGUUCUUAACUGCUCCUUUACAGGCUUUUUGCCAGUUGGUUGGCCUUGUGUUCUCUGACGACGAUAUGGAUGUCUUUGGAGAUGCUGACAGCAUCAUCUCUGAUGCAUUCUCGGAAUGGGAGAAAAUUCUCUGUACGACUAGUAGCCUACAUCUAGUGUGGGCUCAAGUUCUUUCUGAUCAUUUUCUUCGGCGGCUAAUACUUCGGUUCAUUUUCUGCAGGGCUGUGCUUACUUUGUUUUGUAUACGUGAAAGCAGCGACCAGUAUCUGCCUGUUUGCUUGCCUGAAUUUCCCAAGUCUCUUUCGCCAACUUCUGAACUUGUGUCUUCUCCUGUCUUCCGACUUGCAAAUCACCUCAAGGUUGAGAAGUGUUUUCACUCGCGCGGUACAAAUUAAGAGCUCAGCUUUGUGAAUCCAGCAACAUGCCAGGGGUCCAGUGUUCCAUAUUAAGGGCAACAAAAGUCAAAAGGCCCCCACUACAUCCCCGGAAAGAGCUAGUGAUUUCAGUAAACAUGUCCCGGCUUGUACAAACAUGGUACGACUGAUAGAGAUCGAACAAUACGAGAUUGCUAUUGUUUGUUGAAAAUUUAAAGAAAUACAUCUGCAGAUCAGGGGUGCAAAAUUUCUUGGGGGAUUCUUUGAUGGAUUUGCCUUUUAUAGCAGUAGUGAUGGUUUUAGCGUAGUGGUACAGUCCUGAGUAUAUAUAUACUUGUCAGAGAGUUCUUUUGCUUACACGGUUUGUAAAGUUGUAGCAAGCAGAAAUUUUUAGGUUUUUAUUCUUGUUUAUCUUAAAAAAGUUAAAUUCUUUCAGAUUCCUUUAUACUCGCCUCUGAUUUGUAGUAGGUACAAUUUGAGUUCUCUCAGGAGGAAUACACUAUCAAUGGUUGUGAAUGGUGUAAUUUGCUUUGUAAUACCUUGGAACUUCCUUUGUUCCUUUCUCCACCCCAUAUUUUUCAUUGGCUAUUUAAUUAUUUUUGUCCAAGUGAUUUCCUUUCUCCCAGAUUUGUUUCACUGGACUCUUGGAUACACCAUUCCAUUGGAUUUUGUCA